AUGGACACUGAGCCAACGUCACCUGUUUCGUCAAACUCUUCCAUACACAGCGAAGUGUCGUCAGUUAUCAUUGUUGGCGCAGGAAACUUCGGCGCCGCCACGGCUCUGAGUCUCGCUAGGAAGGGAGGUGUCAAGGUCACUAUUGUUGAUACCGCCCCCUACCCGAACCCCAGAGCCGCUUCACACGAUAUCAACAAGAUCGUGCGGGAUGAUUACCCAGACAAGCUCUACAUGCAGAUGCUUAUGAAGGCCAUGCCCAUGUGGCGUGCCGAUAAGCUCUAUAGCCCCUGGUACCAUGAAGUUGGCAUGCUAAGAGCCGACGCAUCCGACUUUGGUGAAAAGAGCAUUGCGUCGUACAAGGCCGUUGGAGUUGCCAACGACGCAGAGUUCUUAUCAGUCGACGAGGUGCGGAAACGCUGGAACGGGGUUUAUGCCACAGCAUGCUUCGGUACCUUGGACAAGAUCUUGUUCAACCCCACAGUGGGGUAUGCGGAAGCAGACAAGGCCCUGGAGGCCGUUAUGCAAGCUGCGGUGGACUUGGGGGUUGAAUACGUCGUUGGUGAGAUGAAGUCUCUCGAUCUCGGCCCCGACGGCCAGUGCGUGGGGAUCGAGCUCACCAACGGCCAGACCCUGCAAGCCGACAAGACCUUGCUUUGCACUGGUGCCAGGACAGGCUCUCUCCUGGUCCAGAGCGCUCCCGAGAACAAGAAUCUCCAUAUCGGUGACCGGCUAGUUGCAACAGGAGCCAUUAGCUUCUGUUCCAAACUAUAUGGCGAGCAGAAAGAGAAAUUCGCCGGUGUCCCUGUGCUGAAGAACUGCCUCCCUGAAGUUAAAGGCGAGGGCAUGUCAAUCCUAAAAGAUGGCACCAUAAAGUUCAACUGUGAUAUGUGCUUUACCAACUACGUCAAUAACCCCAUCACUGGCGAGAAGAUGUCAAUGGCCCCCGAGGUGUCAGCCUACAACACGUGGACGGGUCCAGACUUUGUGCCCUUCUUCAAAGAGCGUGCCAGGAUGACAUUUGAUGGUCUAUAUGGCAAGGAAGUUGAAAAUCUGUCCAUUAAGUCAUACCGUAUCUGCUGGGAUGCCUCUACACCGACUCAUGAUUUCCUCAUUUCGCCUCACCCUCACUGUGAUGGCUUAUACGUGGCUACUGGCGGCUCGUUUCACGGUUGGAAAUUCUUGCCAGUGAUUGGUGACUACAUCGCGGACAUGCUACACGGCCUCCUUGGUGCGGACUAUGCGGACCGGUGGUCGUGGGAUCAGAAAGGCGGUGAUGGACGCUCUGCCAAUCCGACCUAUCAAGUAGUCGGAGACUUACAGCAAUGGAUUUCGUAG